AUGGUGUGCUACGGAUACUUAUCCCGCCCACAUGUUCUUUUCGUACUAGUGGAGACUGCCUCGAUCCUCCGCGCUCGCCGCAAGGCCAAGGAGGGGAAGCAAGGCGACUCUUGUCAUGGAGCCUGGUCACCGCCCAGCCGCCCGUUGACCCUCCCCCCUAUCUUCCCGGGACGGACUGCGACGGUCGCAUUUAACGAUCUCAUUGGCGUGCCUCUGAAGACUUGGCCGAGUUGGGCAUCUGCGUUGGCCAAGAAUCUUGAUCCCCUCUCACGCAAUAUCAACAUCUGCAGUGGCAAGACUAGCAUCAUGCUUCGGUCAAUCAGAAAUCAGAGUUGUUUCGGCGAAGGACGCUGUGGAUAUUUCCUGUCUACUUUUGGCGCCAUAAAUAUGUGCAUCCAGGUCCUCCCUAGCAGCAAGAAGUCAGUAAUCAUUUAUCCGCAAAUUUUAGGUUCAAGCAAGCGGGGAUCAUUAAAGGCGACUGAAUCGUACAAACCCUUCGCCUUUCGAGGUUCUCCGUCAGCCGAACCGUCGAACCCUGAGAAGGAGUGCAUAUCAAAAGUUCUCUCAUUUUCAGCUGGACCCGAGAUCCCCGCGGCCUCUUCCCGAGCUUCCCAGAUCGCCUUAGCAGCCCAGCCGGGACCCAACUCCUUUUGGCUAAAGGCGAGAGAAGCGAGAGUAGCCGUGGUCCCCACGCCCUUUAGGCGUUGGUCUGGGCGUAUCAAUACUGGGCCAUUGUUCUUACUCUUCAGACCUUCGCAUCACUCCAGGCCUUCACAGCUCUAUCAUUGCAUAGAACUCGGCGGGACUCAAGUACAGUUUCCAGUUGAUACGGUUCGAUACGUAAUAGCAGACCGAAAGCGAUGUCUUGCGCCUCGUCGCACCGCCGCCCGCAUCCCGCGAACCUUUGCGUCCGGUUUGGAGCCGGGGCCUGGCCACCGCGUUAUCGACUUUUCGGCAGGUGAAUCGGAUGGAGGCCCAGAAAGACGAGAAGCCAUGGAUGAUGGGAUGACAGGUGUCAGGCCUUGUUGGUCUUUUCCCGUCAGACUCUCGAGCCUUCAACUCCCCCAGAAUCCUUUCGCCCACUCAAAAACUCCGUUCAGCCACUUUUGGCUCUGCUCUCAAAAGGUCCUCCACCCAGUAAAGUCUCUGAUUCUCCUGCCCAAAAGGAACAGACACAACAUGAGUCGUUUACCUUUCAAGCUCCUUUUUCUAGUUACGGACUGGCCUCCGACCUCAUGCCCUAUGGCUUGUCUCCUCGAUAGAGAAAAGUCGCAUGCCGAGGAAACCCACCAUGCAGCCGGGAUGUCCGUCCCCGCGUGGAUGCUGCCGUUUGCCAAUUCAGGAACACGCCCAACAAACAACAACCCCGAGAUGCACUACUACCACGGCAGUAAGAGUGCCAUGACUUCUUGGCCCCUUGGCUCCGUGGUCUGCGGAAGGGAUUGUUGCACGCAAGACGGAAGGCAGCGUUUCUUCGAGGGGAUGUGGGAGCUGCAACUCCCGUAUCGUGUUUACCGUAUCAUAUUGAUAGAGUUUUGCUAUUGGGGCAGUACUAUUUGGCUAUUGGGGCACGUAAUUGCCCACGGUCGCAAUUGCCCACGGUCGCAAUUGCCUACGGUCGUAAUUGCCUACGGUCGCAAUUACAUAAGGCAGCUUGCGACCGUAGGCAAUUGCGACCGUGGGCAAUUGCGACCGUGGGCAAUUGCGACCGUGGGUAAUUACGACCGUGGGCAAUUACGCCGGGUGGCCCGUGGGCAGGUGCAGCGGGUACAGCAAAACUCUAUUGAUAUGAUGUUUAUCGCAGAGCGGCAAGAGCAGACCCUCGUCCACCAAUCUUUGUACAAGCCACUGACAUUGAACAACUCGUCCUCCUUGUCUUUGUUCCCGGCCAGUAUUUCGCAGCAACAACACCAAUAUGCAGCCGUCACCAAUGCCACACGAGCCACCCAAUGUCCUUUUGCCAUCUGCAAACACAGGGCUCUAGAUGUGCCACCAGACCAGAACAAGCCUCCCGAGUGUCUUAGCCUCCAAUCCAUGCGAACGCCCAACGGCCAGCCGCACCUUGAUUUCAAGCACAAAAAACGUUGUGGCGUCGCUGCUGGCAAUCUUCGCCCAGAGAUCUCGAAGAAGUCAAAUCCGAUCUCCCGCUUUCUGCCAAUCACUCUUCCGCGAUAG